AUGGCCCACAGAAGAACCACUGGAAGCAAACUCUUGAUGACGGCGCUGUACAUGGUGGCGUCGUGCAGUGCCGUCCCCGUCACUGACCUGCUCGACCGAGCCUCUCAGCGCUCUGACACACUGCACUCCCUCAGCACGACACUCACCAAAGAGCUGGACUCUCACUUCCCUCCCAUAGGUCGGGUGAUCACGCCCCGGCCCUCAAUGUGCCACACCUCCUCUCUACAGACACCCAAUGACAAAGCGCAGGCUCUUCAAAUAUCAGAGGCAGACCUGUUGUCACUGGUUCGCUCUCUGCUCCAAGCCUGGAUCGACCCCCUGGUGGUCCUGUCCUCCUCUGCUAACACGCUGCCUCACCCGGCACAAAGCAGCAUAUUCAACAAGAUCCAGGAGAUGCAGGAGCACUCCAAGAGCCUGGGAGACGGCCUGGAUAUCCUGUCUAGCAAGAUGGGUCCAGCGGCUCAGACCAUCUCAUUUCUGCCCUACAGGAGAGGCAAUGACAUCGGCCAGGACAGGAUUUCCAAACUGAUCAACUUCCACUUCCUGCUGUCCUGCUUCCGACGGGACUCCCACAAGAUUGACAGCUUCCUGAAAGUCCUGCGCUGCCGGGCGGCAAAGAUGCAUCCCCAGAUGUGCUAA